CUUUUUGUUCCGAAUUCUCGAGUGGAACAAAAAGCAAACGCUCCUCACUUUUUCUCACAACGUUUUGACAUUCGCUCACCAUAUCAUACUUCUCCCUUUGAAAGGACCGCCUCAAGACGUUGCUGCUGCAACAAACUAAUUGCCACCAUGAUGAUUCCCCGCGUCUUUCUCCUUGUCUCUGCGUUACCACUCUUACUACUAAGUGGCGCAUCGGUCGAAGCUUACUUGGCAACACCCCGACUGUCGCUGUCAAGGUCCACUACACCAUUAUCAUCUGCUUUGAACAUGGCAGCGCCCUGGUUUCGUCAAAACUUGGCUUCCACAUAUGCCCAACAAAAGCAGACCGCUACUACCGUGGUCGUUGAAACGGUAGAGUUAGUAGAGGCGCUGGAAGACACAACCACAACCACAAUCCCUAACACCAAAGCGGCAGUCCAACCAGACGAAGCAACUGCCCGUGCCUUGCUGACAUACCGUUUGCAACUCGAAAUGGCAGCCAGAGCCAAGGAGAUGGCCCAAGAAGAAGAUCCAGAAGUUGUUACAGCCGCGCCUACGAAAACGACACUGUCCACGAAUCCUGUCGUCGACGAAACAACUUCCCGUGCCUUGCUCACAUACCGGUUGCAACUGGAAACCGCCGCCAAAACAUUCCAGGCCAAAGUCAAGGCAGAACAACAGGCUCGCUCCUUGUUAUCGUAUCGAUUGGAACUCGACAAGACGGCCCCAGAAGAGCCCGCCGGUGCCUUGGAGUCCUUGGAAUGCUCCGAAAGUGGCGGAGGCACGAUGAAUAAUAAUAGCCGCAGAAUGAUCCCACAGCCACUCUCGGAACAGGAAGAACGGGAACGUGCCGCCAAGUACGCUGCCAUUGAUUGCAUGGAAGAACGAACCUUUACCAUGCUGCAAGAUUUGGGCAUGAUUCAACCAUCCCUCGACUUUUCCAUCUAAGCAGUCGAACACAACGAAUAAAACGAACGCAAGUGGCUCUUCCUUUCAAGCAACCACAGCUUUCUCCUAUCGUUUUAGGUACUGUAGCCUUGAUCUUUUUAUAAUGAAGAGUCCCACUUCACUGU